AUGUCCCUGUUCGGUCGGGCGUCCGUCGCGAGCCUGCGCCACAUCAAACUGCGCGGCGCGCACGCCGACAAGGGCAGCUUCUUCCAGCAGGGACACAACACACCAAAGGGGCAGCUGUUCGGAGAGUCUCCCCUGAAGCCGGGGGAGAAGCGGCACUGGGAGUCUUGGGAGGGCCCUUGGUACUUCACCUUUGGAGCAGCAGCAGCCAUUCUAUUCUUCGGCCUGAAGGCGCGCCCAGACAGCAGUCUUACCCACUGGGCAGACAAGGAGGCAGAGAAGAGGGUGGAGAGCGCCCUGAGCUCCUGA